AUGACAUGGUUCGAAUUCGAACGUAGUCUGUCUGAAGCUGAACGUCAAAACAUUGCAAAGUCUACCAAAAAAGUAAACCCAAAUUUUUGUCAACUCUCCUCCCAUUGGCCACAUUCUGAGAGGUGGGCGGGUGUAAUUUUAAACUUCCUGCCAAUCAAAUUUCAUGUUACGAUUCAGUUGGUGAAAGGUCCGAGCUGUCAUACCUUUGCCAAGAUUGAAAUACAAAGAUUGGAUAGCUGCAACCACAUCAGCUGCAACUACACCAGCUGCAAUUACAACCUCAUCAUAAGCAGCAGCAACAACUCAAUAAAAUGCAACAACCACCAUGUUUUCUUCAGCAACAACAGCAGCAACAAGUUUAGGAGUAAUGACACCCUUUUAAAAAUUUAA